CAUAUUUGGCUAAUGGUAGCUUCCUGAAGCCUGAUGGUGGUGGGAACUGCUCAUCCUACUUUCUGGACGUACCGUAUAUAUAUGAAUUUUGAAGAAUAAGGAAGCAUCAGUGCGUGAGGCAUAUUCAGAUCUAAAGGCACAGCAAAAUAGCACAAUUGAUGAGAACAGAAAACUCAUGGGAAAGGUAAAAAACCUUGAGCAGAUGUUGGAGGAUGUGAAGAAACAAAAAUUCCAAGUGGAACAGGAGCUUCCUAGACUUAAGGAAGCUGCAGAAAAAGAGCGGAAGAAGCAGCAAAAGGACAUGGAAGAGAUCCGUCUUCAGAAGACCAGGGCUGAGCAAGAGGCAAAACAGUGUCGUAGGGAUCUAGAGAACAUUGAGAAAGAGAAAGCAGAUGCAGAGGAGGAGUUGGAGCAUGUAAGGCAGCUCAUUUUGCAGGCAGAGACUCAAAGAAGUAUACUGGAAGAAAACCUUCGUGCUUUUCGAAAUCAAAUAGAAGAAAGCGCCUUUACCAGAAGAAACCUUGAAGAGCAUCUAAGAAGAAAAGAUACUAAUCUUCAUGAUUUAGAGCAACAAAAAAGAAAAUUAAUGGAAGAGCUGAAGAAAAAAACAGAAGGAGAGGAGAAAUUUAUGAAACUGAUAAAGCAAAUGGAACAAGACCUUGAAUUUAAAGGGAGCCUAUUGGAAAUAAAGAUGCAAGAGAGAGAGAAGACUGAAGCCAGAGGGAAAGUCGUUGAAGGCAGGUACUCUGUAACUAGAGAAACUUCCCUGCCAACUUUGACAGCUGGGCAAGGCAGCCAGUGUAGGACUGAUUCUGAAAUUACAAGUUUCCAGAAGAAGCAAGAAGCCAGAAAGGUAGAAGAGUUUAAACAAAAGGUAGAUGAGCUAAUCCUUGCUAACAGGAAAGCUGAUAAAACUAUUAAAGACCUGAAAUAUGAACUGAAUGAAAUUGAGCUUCAGAAAUCGUCAACAGAAGAAAAGUCUCGUUUAUUAAAAGAAAAACUAGACAAAGUCAAUAGUGAACUUAAAUGCCUAAAAAUCAAGUUGGAGGAAAAAGACCAAGUAGAGCAGGGAUAUUUGCAACGGCUGAAAGAACUGGACAAGCAACUACAUAGAACCACAGAUAAAGCUGAAGAGGUGAUGCAAGAAGCUAUAGAUCUUAAGAAAAUUAAGAUGAACUAUCAGGAGGAGCUGAAAUCCCUUCAGCAAGAAAAGGCACAAUUAAAAAGAGAAGUAGAGGAACUAACUAGGUCAAAGACAAAAAGUGAAAUCACUAUCAAACAUUUAAAUUCACAAAUCUGUUCUCUUCAAAAAGAGAAGCUGGCAGCUGAACACAAAACACAGUCAUGCAAAGGAGAAGCAAAUAAUCUUCAAGACCAAUAUGAGAAAAUUCAAGAACAGUUGCUUCAAAAAACAAAAGUAGAGAAAGAAAACCAGCAGGAAAUUCAGAUGCUGAAGAAUGAAUUAGCCAAAAGUAAUCAGGUGUCAGAAACAUUGAAACGAAAGAUAGAAGACCUUAAUAAAUGGAACACUGACACAAAACUACUGAUGAAGCAAAUUCAGUCUGAAUCGGAGAAGAUGACUUUGGAAAAACAAAGUAUUCAGAGAAAAAAUGAUGCAUUAAAAUCCCUAGCAGAUGGUUUCAAAGAACAACUGCAUACAACAAAUGAACAAUUGCACAAACAAACAAUAAUGGAGCAAGAAUUCAUAUGUAAAAUCAAAAGCCUAGAAGUCGAUCUAGCAAAAGCAAAAGAUGUAGCUAAUGAAUAUAAACAAAAAUGCGAUAAACAAAAUGCUUCCACCCUAACCACUGACCGGGAGGUUAAAAAUCUAAAUGCCCAAAUAAAUGCUCUAACUAUGGAAAAGAGAUUGAGUGAGCAGAAGAUACAACUACAACAAGCUCAUAUACAAGAGCUAAGUAGUAAAUUAAAAAAAUUACAGGAUGAACUCCAUCAAAAGACUCUGGAUGAACAAAUGGCACGCAAGAUGAUGAUUCUGUUUCAGGAAGAAUCCAUUAAAUUUAAACACUCUGCAGAGGAAUUUAGGAAAAAAGUUGAAAAAUUACUGGAAUCCCAUAGCAUCACAGAAAAGGAUAUUUCUGACAUAAAACUAGAAUGUGUUGCUCUUCAGCAGGAAAAGCAUAUGGCUGAGGAAAACAUCAUGCUGUACAAGGUACAGAUGGAAGAUCUGCAAGAAAGGCUUAAAAAAUGUCAUGAACAACUACAGCAAGGGAAGCAGGCUGAAAUGGACUAUCAGCAGAAGUGCAGGAGACUUGAAGAAGAAUUGGAAGCACAGAAGCGCAUGGUUGAGAGCUUGAAACAGAAAAUGGAUCUGCAGCUCAGAGAGAGUGAACAUAGGUUUCUUUUGUUUCAGAAUGAAGUUCACCAAAAUAAUAAACUUCAAGAUUGUGGAUUCAAACUGAGCUGUGAGAGAAGAGGGAAUGAUUUCAAUUACCUGAGUGACACCACAGCUCGAGAGUUUGAGCAGCUUCCUCCACAUGCAAAACCUAGCUCACCUUUGUUAAGGCAGAAGCAGGAGAGACCAGGUUUUAAAUCUGAUCAGAUAGAAGGAAAUACAUUGUACAUGAGUGCUGAUGAUAGGAUGCCGAGAGAGGUGGAGUUCCAGAUGUCAAGAAUAAACCAAUCGGGAGAAGAAAAUUCAAGCCCACAAUCUUUUACGGAGUUGAUUUCUCAAACGAGUACACACUUUGAGAUAACUUUCGAUAAAGGAAGCCAAAUAUCUGGAACAUCUGAAUGGGAUACAUUGAGAAACAGGAACCUACACAGUUCCAGACAAACUAUUAGACAUGGAGAAGACAUGAAACAUGAAUUGGGAGUGGUAAAACUGCAUCCCUUGGAGGUACACACUACCUUUUGUGAGGGUUUGCCUUUCUAG